AUGGGCUUCCCGCGAGCUCGAUUCAGCCAUCGUUCCCUUAGACGCCUGGCCGGUUGGAUCUUCUGGCUGAGCCUCCUCGGUCUGGGCAGCUCCCUCGGACUCGCCUACUGGGCUCACGCGCUCAAACAACGCCUCGGCGACCACAUGGAUCUCGCCCUGCCGACCGAGGGCUACCUCUUGCCCGGGACCCUCGGCCUCGCGGCCCUCCUUACCCUACCCUGCCACUUGGUGGGCAUCGCCCUCUGGCCCAGCCUCGUCAAAGACUUUGCCCGCCGAACGUGCCAGAGCAGAGGUAAAAAAAGAGUGAGCCGGCUGUUGUUGCUGCACGCGGUGCUCUCGUGUCUGUCGGGCUGGUUGGUGGGGGGCGCGUGCGCCGGGGGUGCGUACUACUUUGCCCAGACGCGGCGUCGACUUGGCCAAGGUCUGCGUCGGGCUGUACGGCACUACCGAGACGACGGGGACGUCAAGGCUCGGCUGGACCGGCUACAAGUCGAGCUGAGCUGCUGCGGGAGCGAGUCCUUUGUCGACUGGUUCUUUGUUCCCUGGGCCAAGACGGACCUUGGCGGGGGCGAGGAUGACGACGAAGACGAGGAGACCUUCGAUCCCGAGAACGAGGAAUCGAUCGAGCCCCAAAUGCAACAGCGACAUUUGCUACAAAGUCAACAUCGCGCCGAUCCUCGGCUCGUCCCCCGGGAUGCUUACGUGUACCUAGCUUCGACGGACGUACCGUAUUCCUGCUGCCUGGCCGAGGUCCUGCAGAGCUGCGAGCACCGGAACCUCUUCGCCCUGGCGACUCUGAGCAUCGCGACCGAGGGCUGUCGCGCCAAGCUGCUCCGUAUGGCCGACCAAGCCGGCUGGGAGAUAUUUGCCUGUCUCGUCGCACUGGCUAUCUAUCAGAGCCACGAGGAAAAGGAGUGCCUGGUUCCCGACGUCGAUGCUAGCCGUAGGACGAAAUCGAAAAAACUUUGCGAAGAAGAGGAGAGCAACGACGAAAAGGAUGAAGAUGAGGACGCUGGGGACGACGAGGACAGCGGUAGCACCAUCAGCUGCAGCGAUGACAGUAGCAAAGGCAGAUGCCGGGGUGGCGCAUCCGCGACAGUGAAGUACGCAAUGUCCUGA